UGGGGGACCAUUUCCAGGUCGCACAUUCUUGGUUAUUGUGGAUGCGUUCUCAAAGUGGAUAGAAGUCUUUCCUGUGUCUUCUACAUCUGCAGAAGCUAUCAUUUCUGCAUUGAGAAUUGCAUUCGCUCAGCAUGGCCUGCCUGGUGUCAUAGUUUCAGACAACGGUCCUGCCUUCACCAGUGCCAGUACCUUGAGUUCUUAACUCGAAGUGGAAUACGCCGCAUGCUUGUACUGCCGUAUCACCCUGCCUCAAAUGGUGCAGCUGAAAGAGUUGUACAAACUGUGAAGAACAAACUCAAGAAGUCUGGUUCUGGGAACUUCCAAACGCAGAUCUCCAGGUUUCUGUUCCACUUUAGGACCACACCACAUAAAGUGACAGGUCGGCCACCGUGUGAACUCCUGACAGGAAGAAUGUUCAAGACUCCGUUGGAUGUCCUCAGGCCAAGCCUGCAGGCAUCUGUAUUCCUAAAACAACUCAAGCAGAAGUUGUAUGCUGACAGAGGGUCCCGGCAGGCUCCAUCACUGCAGCCAGGUGAUGAUGUGUACGCGCGAAACUUUCGCAGGGGCACACUCUGGAUGCCUGCCAGUGUCGUGGACGUCACUUCAUCAUCAGCCAGUGUCUGUUUUGAAGAUGGCACCUUAGGAAACCGGCACAGCGACCACUUGCACCUUGUGCAGACAGAAACAUUGGCCUCUCCUCCUGAAACUGCUAACGCUGCAGCUCCACCACAGUUGGAGCUGCCGCUUCAUCAUGCAGCUAUUCCAGAAGUGCCUCAUCAGGAACAGCUACCCGGAACUAGCUUCUCUGGGAGUAGCUGUGCCAGAGAGUGACGGGACAGCGCUCAACAGGGGUGUGCAUGUGAACAGUGACUCUGUCGUGCCUACGGCUAGCAUGCCGAAGUUGCGACAUGGCACAAGAACUAGGAAACCGGUGAAUAGGUACUCCCCGUAGUCUUCCUCCUUAGAGGGGAGGAGUGUUACAAUGUUGGUUCAAAUGCAGCGCCCCCACGCGGCGCUGAUAGUUGUGUUGAGCUGUGCAAGCCUGGCACAGCAGUGGGGUGGCCGUUUUGGGAAAUAAUAAAACAGUU